CAAGAUAACAACUGGGACAUUUCCCAGCGCUCUAUUAGCAUGGUAGUUCCAAUUCGACCAUAUUACUUUUCCCUACCACCCUUGCCUAGUGCCUUCACCAACCCACACCAGCCCGCCUGGUGCGAACUUGCAACAGGUCUUUUCAACAUCGAUUACCUAGACAUGCUAAUGACCGCGGACGAAAAACAUGCGGCUUUGAAGGAUCUUUCGGCACAACUGACGGUAUUCGAGUGGCGAAAUCCCCAACCGACGCACAACCGCACGGUGAUGGCAGCACGAUCGAUGUGCAAGGGGGAAGCUCCAGUAAACCACGCUGUGGUCUUUACAGCUCUCUUGAGAUGGCAAAUUUGUCCUCCCUAUGAGUGGAUGAAAUGGCAAACCAUGCACCAGCACUUGUCACCGUUGUGUUACCUGGCGGAUUGCAGUACCGGAAGAGCAAGCUACUGCCCUAAGGGGAUGGGAGUAAGGAUGCGGUAUGCCAUGGGGCAGGAAGUCGAGUUGGAAGACGCAUACACACAGAACUCUUCCUGCCUAUGGGAUACAGAGAGUAUUUGAGUAGGUAGAAUCAACAACAAUAUCAGCUUUGGCUGAGCGUCCA